AUGCUCAACCUCUCCAAGACCCUGGCCAUGCGCUCAGUCGCUGGCGUCAAAUACUUCCAUGCUGCCGCUGUUCAAAACGCCACUACUACAUUGUCGAUGCCGGCGCUGUCACCUACCAUGACCGAGGGAACUAUUACUGCAUGGAAGAAGAAGGAGGGUGACUCGGUCAUUGCAGGAGAUGUCCUUCUCGAGAUCGAGACUGACAAGGCUGGCAUGGAUGUCGAGGCUGUUGAGGAUGGUAUCCUCGCAAAGAUUUUGGCAAGUUUGUUGUCUUUCCCUGAUGGUUCCAAGGUUGCUGUUAACGAGCCUAUUGCAUUGUUGGCCGAGGAAGGUGACGAUCUGUCCAAGGUCGAGGCCCCCAAGGCUACUGCUGCUGCCCCUGCAAAGGAGGAGAAGAAGGAGACUCCAGCCCCCAAGCAGGAGACCCAACACGUUCAGCAGACCGCAGCCACCCCCUCGUCCAAGCUCAUGUCGCCCGCUGUCGCCCACCUCUUGCUCCAGAACCACAUCAGCGAUGUCACCAAGAUUCCUUCGACCGGACCCAAGGGCCGCGUCUUGAAGGGUGACGUUCUUGCUUUCUUGGGCCAGAUUAAGGCUCGCCCUGCUCCUGAGCCCACUAUUCCCCAGCCAAAGACCCUUCCUCCUGCUGCCGAGGCCGCCUCUCCUGCUGCCUCCAAGACCGCCGCCCCUGCUCCUGGAACUGCUUACACCGACAAUGCCACCUCCAACAUGCGCAAGGUCAUUGCCUCCCGCUUGAGCGAGUCCAAGACCACUAUUCCCCACUCCUAUGUUACCCGCGAUAUUGUCAUUGACAACAUGAUGAAGCUCCGUCACCUCUUGGCUGACGAGCUCAAGGUGAAGGUGUCGGUCAACGACUUCUUGAUCAAGGCUGCCUCGUUGGCUUUGCGCGAUAUUCCCGAGUCCAACGUCCAGUUUGCUUCGGGAGACAAUGUCAAGCAGCUCAAGAACAUUGACAUCUCUGUCGCUGUUGCCACCCCCACUGGGUUGAUCACCCCCAUCGUCAAGGGUGCCGAUUCUCGCGGUCUCCAGUCGAUUUCUACUACUGUCAAGGAGUUGGCUGAGAGAGCCAAGAAGAACAAGCUCAAGCCUGAGGAAUACCAGGGCGGGUCAUUCAGCGUAUCCAACUUGGGUAUGUUUGGUGUCAACAACUUCACAGCUAUCAUCAACCUUCCCCAGACAUCCAUUUUGGCCAUCGGAGGCUCCCGCACGGUCCUCAAGCCCUCUGCAGUAGAAGAGGCCGAGUUUGUGAGCGACGCUGAGAUCUUUGACUACCUUGGAGGACAGUCCAAGAAGACAUCAUCUGCAGCAGCCCCUGCCAAAAAGUCCAACGAGGAUCUUGACUUGAUCGAUUUCUUGGGAGGCAACGCACCCUUGAAGAAGAAGUCUACUUCGACCUCUCAAUCAGCAAUUGGUGAUGAGUUGUUGCGUCGUCUUCGCCCUUCGUUGGAGCAGUCGCAGCUUGUCAGUGUGACAUUGAGCAUUGACGAGCGUGUGAUCGACACUGAGGUUGCUGGACGGUUCUUGAGCCGCAUGUCGCACUAUGUCGAGAACCCCGAGUCCAUGAUCCUCUAA